AUGGUAUUCCAAUGGGCCAAAGACUGGGUCGUAGACAAAGUCUACAACGCCGCCAACACCACAAUCCAAGCCGGCGGCUCCAUGGCCGGUAACGCAGUCGGCGGAGUAGGAAACCUGGUAGAGAACACAGGUCGAGGUGUAAGCCAAAGUGCGCAAGGCAUUGCAGGUGCCAUAGGAGGAGUUGGUGGUUACAUCAACAACUAUGGCCAGUCCAUUAUCGAUGCGACGGCGCCAUCUGGAAGCACCGGGAGCGCGGAGAAGAAGACUGCAGUGAAGCGGUCGCCGGCUGUGAGUAAGCCUGUGAAUAAGGCUCCGACAGCAGUACCCAAGAGCGUCUCAACAGCGAAGUCGAAACCCAAGGCCAUCACAUCGAGUCCAACGCCAGCACCCAGAGCCAUGCCUUCCAAGCCACCACUGUCAGGUCCACAGCGAAACCUACCUGCGAAGAAACCAACACAGGCAUUUCCACAAAAGGCCGCAGGCUCUGGUCUGAACAAGAUUGCCGCUGGGAAGGGGGACAGAACAGCGGAUGGCAAGAUCAGGAUAUCGCCAGCGAGCAGGCCUCAACCUGUCAAGGCAGCAGGCUUGUCGAAUGGUCCUGUUAAGACUGCAGGACCUAAGACUUCGGUGAAUAAUGGUGGUCCUAGGCCUUUGCCUAAGAUCUUUGCGGGCAAGAACGACAGGACACCGGAUGGGAAGAUUAAGAUGUCGGCUGCAAGUCGACCGAGGCCUGUGAAGGCGACUUGA